AUGGCCGACCCAUCACGCACCCCCCUCCUCCCCACACCCUCCGUCCCCCGCGGAGAGCUCAUCGCAAAACUGCACUCCUUCUUCCAGGCCGCCCAAAAAGACCGCACACUGUCCCCCCGUGAAUUCGACGCCUGGUUCUUCACCCUAACUCCGGAAGACCGCGCCACCGUCCACGACAUCCUCCAACCACUAGCCGCCAACUGGCCUGCCCAGGUCGAAUUCCCCAACGUCAUCGCGCUGGUGCAUUGGACGCGUGAGCGACGCGACGAGAAAGCUAUGCGGGGAAUCUUGAAGGAGUGGGCGGGUUUGGAGGGAUACAAUCGUGAGGAGACUACUCAGCGUGCUGGGGAAGAGGCGGAAGCUGCGCCUGCGAUGCCGGAGCCUGAACCUCCUGUUCCUGGACCGACUUGCCCUGGGGGUAUCGAUGAGGAGCCGUUGCCUGUUCCUCCUCGUCCAGAGCCUGUUCACGGAAUGGAUGUCCUUGCUGUUCUUGUUAUGGUUUUGGCUCCGGCUUGCUUGAACAACAACAACAACAACGCCACUCCCGCCAGCGAUGCCGCCAUGGCCGCACGCCUCGCCGAUUUCCAGAGGUGGAGCACGACGGUACAGAGGCGCAUCGAGAGAAAGAAAGCGGCCGUCAAGAAACUAGAAGAUCAACUCAAGGCCCUCGAGAAGCAACGCUCCGGCGCCAAGCUCGCAUCGACUAGAGACAUGGAGCGCAUCGUAGGCUUCAGUCAGCAGAUCAGGAAGGGCCAUUUCGACAUCGACACUGAGACUCUGCGACACGAUCGACUGUGCAAGGACUUCCAGAAGCUGAUCGACGAGAAGAACGGGGUCUCGGAGGCGGAGUUGAUGGCGUUGUUGGGGGAGAUGCUGGCAGAGCUCUUGGCGGAUGACGGUAGCGAUGGCGAGGAUGAAGAGGGCGAGGAAAAGGAGGCUUAG